AUGGACCAUCCUUGCCAUAAUGCGGCACUGCCACCCUUCAAAGCCGGGGAACAGCGACUGCUUGAGGUCAGGAUAUCAUCAUCGUCUUCGGAUGGAUUAGGCAAUUCGGACUUCGUUUCUCCCACGGAAUCGGAAUCAAGUGACGUACUUCCAGACCAAAGGCGCGGUCCCAUUCGGGCUGUCAAGAUUCUGCCCUCAAUUGAAGGUGGUCCUGCAACACCGUCACUAUCUAUUGACUGCCCAUCCAUUUCCAUGUCAGAUGCGACUUCGCCGUCAUUAGGUUCCAACGGCUUUUGCUUAUCCCCCUAUCUCAGGCUACACUCACAAGAGAAUAGCUCUGACUACACCCCUUCGCGCGGAUUCACUAGUAUAUCUCCUUCUACUUCAGGCGUCGGGUCUAUGUCUCGCCCCAAUUCUGAUGAUAACACAAUGGAAUAUUCCAUUACCACGACGUCGAUCUCUAAUCCUGAACUGGAUCUGAGUGUCUCCUCCUGCGGCUCCCCUGAAUCGGAGGAUGUGGAAUUGAAACCUCGACAAACCUUAAAGGGAAGGUUCAGGAUGCUGCAUGAGAUAGCGCCAAUCCCAACAACUCUGCCUACAGCACCAUCCCAUUUGACCAAAAUUACUUUGAGCGAGGAACCCGUCGUCUACGACUCUAUGCCUCAAGCAUCCACAUUGUCUUUGCACUCACGAAGCGUGAAUCGAGCGACGAAUUAUGCACAACUAGACCGGCAGGUACGUGCCAUAUCCAGCAUACCACCGCCAGAAUUCUAUGGCCAACACAUUGAACCGACUCGACUAUUCAAGCAUUAUCGGGGACUAGAUCCAAAGCAAAUAGCCGUAAAGGACGCGAGAUAUGACGCAUCAAGAAAGGACGCUAUCACAAAAUCAGCCGAUUGCUUUGCUAAUCCCACCCUGGUCACUAUGUCUCAAUGGUGCAAGGAUGACUUAGAUUGCAUACCUUAUAUCGAUCUUUCAGAUGAUGCAAACAACAGUCAUGAUGCCAUCACUGAAGUUGCUGGUCUGAACGGAACGACAGAUAGCAAUUUGCAAACAAGGUUAUCAGUUGAUGUUGUAGACGGACAGUGUGGUACAAGCGAUUCUAUGAAGCGCAAAAGACAAGUUUACGAGGACGAGAACGCGCCGACGCCACGUAAAGCGUUCAAAAAAUACGUCACAGACAAAUUGAAUUCUCUCGAUGGCCCUGAAAAGCACCAAUUCCAGCAUGAGACCCGUGAAAUCCUUCAGAACCUUUUCAACGACUCCGAUAGCCUUGCAGACAUAAUUGCCGAUACAUCCGCCUUCACCGAGCAAACCCAAGAGCAUCGAUCUGAAACCUCGCAGCCUUCCACUUCCCAGAGCCAAAGUCAGAGUUCGAGGUGUAAGAAGUCGCGCAAAGCCACUGUUGCGGAGCUCGAAAAACAGUAUCCUAGAUUCUCGAAAGACCUGCCCGCGGAGGGGUCUGCACCAGAUUCGGAGAUCAUCCGUAUCGGAAAGCUCGAAAGUGGCUACGAGAGGCACCGAAAUGCACCGUAUGCGUUCAGUUAUCGGGGACGAUUAUACCAUCCUUGGACUUAUCUUUUGCAAGCGCAAGAUGAAGACGGUCAGCCUGUAUGGACACUAAAUACGAUCAGGCGGCUGGCGCGGUGA